AUGUCGAAUCCGAAACAUAAACAAAUACUUGAGUGGUUGGACGCGGUCAUCGACGGACUCGAAACAGGCGCAAACAACGUCGAGACGCAAGCAAACAGCGUGAAGCCGGGCUUCAUCAUCACGCUGACCCACGCGAUACCUUCAGACGAGCCAACCACCUUGCCAACCCCUCCUCAAGCACAAACUUCGACAUCAAACACAAGGAUUUCUGGUGUCUCUGCUCCAACGCCACUGACAAGCAAUCUUGCGCAACUAGAGCCAUCAAGCGCUGUAUCACCGCGUCCGCCUUCAGUUUCGCCCGUGUCCCCGGCUUCAUCCUCGGCUUCGUCCUCGGCCUCGUCCUCAGCUUCGUCCUUGUCCUCCGCAUCGUCCAUUUCCACGGGUUCACAAGCUUCAACGCCGCCGCCGCUGCUGGUUGCCUCCCCGUCUCCCACGCCGAGCGUAGAAUGGCCAACUGGGUUGUCUGCAGCCCCCUCUAUAACCCUACCCUACCUGCCUCCCACGACUUUUGCAACGCAGCCCACAGGUUCCCGUACAUCGCUGGCCGGGCUCCCCGCGACAGCAAAUCCCAACAAUUCCAACAAUCCAUCGGAGGAGAAUAAGGGCUCGCUCACCCCACCGGUGGCGACGGAGGAGGUACGAGAUAGUAGUCGGGCCAUAGGAAUCGUGUUCGGCUCACUGAGUAAGCCCUCCUAG